GAGAGGAGGGGGAGAGAGAGAGAACUGGAGGGCACUUGGGUCGGGUCGCGGAAGGGUGUUGAGUGUGUCUGCGCAAGCGUUUAAGCCCCAUGGACAGCAACCGCGUGCCAGUCUGCGACCGUUCAGAGCAUAAUGCUCUCCUCUCAUUAUUGACCGGAGGAGCUCCCGUUAUCAGCAACAGCAAACAGACGACUCACUUUUGGAUUUGAUCCAGCCUUUAUUCAUGCAGGUUAGUCUCGAUGAAAAUAGGUAGGCUAAGUAAAAUAACAUUUACUCGACAUGACAGAGAUGUCCGUGGAAGGCAACCUACUCUACAUUUCAAGCGGAUUUACCUGAUCUCCUGCCCAGAACUUUCCUCAUCAGGGAUAUGGUCAUCAAGCCGCUCUCCGAGGGCUGACUCCCUCUCCUCCUCUGUCCGCCGGCGUUGGAUCCUCCAGGGUCGGGUUGCUAGUUGGCACAAGUACAUUAUAAAUGUUUUGAAAUGGGGUGAACCCAGAAGGUACCUGAACUUAUCCAGGUCACCUAUAUUUAACCAGGACAGUCCACUUGUCAACAACCGUGACUGUUUUCCGGGGAGCAGCCUAUUUUUGUUUUUCCGUUAAAAAAAGUUUUGCUGCCAACCCGUGUCCUCCUGACUGAAGCCGACUUAGGAGGGCAGACAGGCGGACUGGUCUCCAGGAGGAUGCCUGGGCAGGAUGUGUUCCAGCCGGAAAAUUCUGUGGAGCCUGCUGCUGCUGUCAGUGUUGGAGGUGGGGCUGGGGGUCUCCAGUAUCGUCCUGGGAGCCGUUGGGCUCAGCCGGGUCAGGGAGGAACACAAACCACAGCAAGGAGAUGCUUCACCUAUCUGGAGCGGCCUGUGUUUUCUCAUCUGUGGGAUGUGUGGAGUCCUGUGUGCUAGGAAGAGGACUGGACUCAUCAUGAUUCUGUUCUCAGCCUGCUGUAUCUGUGGUCUGAUUGGAGGGAUUCUCAACUUCCAGUUCGUUCGGGCGUUGUCACGACGACCGGACUCUCUCCGCUCGCUACACCUGGCAGCCAUGACCAUUGCCUGCCUGGGUAUCUCUUCCUGUACUCUCUCUACCUGGUUGACCUGUCGUCUGGCCAGUUCAGAACAACAGAGGAUGUUUCUGGAGAGAGAACACUCACUGCACCACUCACAUGAGAUGGCUGAGAAGGAACCAUACACACACGGAUCUUUUGAGAUCCUGGACAACUCCAGCAACGGGAUUCCCCAGAUCUCCUACAACAGCAACACCACCUCUCUUUGACAACAGACACACAUUGUUGCCCUGACAACAGACACACCUUGUUGCCCUGACAAUGGAUACACCUCGUUGCCCUGACAAUAGACACACCUUGUUGCCCUGACAAUGGACACACCUUGUUGCCCUGACAACGGACACACCUUGUUGCCCUAACAAUGGACACACCUUGUUGCCCUGAUAACAGACACACCUCGUUCUGCUGACCAUGGGGUGGUAUCAUCCAACAGAGCUGAGCAGCACUAUUACACAGUUGUGUGUGGAGAACUUCAGCACAUAAAUGAACGCUCUUCUUGGACCAGUUGUUACUAGUUCCGAUAGUCCUAACAGACAGUCACAUGACCUCAUGUGCAUGCAAUCAAUUUGUAAUCUCUCUCUCUCUCUCUCUCUCUGGCUAUAUGAAUGCAGGUAUACUGUGUUUGAAGGAAAAAUGCUAUAGCUAUCUUGAUGUAGAGCAGAAUAUGGAAUGCUUUAAAUAUUAUAUAUGCAACCAACGAUGCAAACUAAAUAUCAGUGGUGGCCAACCAUCCUCCUGGAGAGCUACUGGGUUUGCAGGCUUAUGCGCCAGCCCUGCUCUAACACACAUAAUUAAGUUAAUCAAGAUCCUGGAGACUGAACACCAAGCUCUCAAGGAGGUGGGUUGGCUAACCCUGCUGUAUAUUCAUACUUGUAUAUCAGGAAAACAAACAUUAUCUAUGGAGUGACAAUAUGUUUCUUUAGGCUUCUAUAAAACACACAUAAAACUCUGUAAACGUUA